UGAGCCUUGCUUUGAGCAUUUAUUUGUGUUGGCUUUAUAUCACAUUGCUAUAAUUUCGCAUAUCUGAUAUGCAUAUUAGUACGUCAUGGUUAAAUUCAAUUGUUUGUUCAUCAAAAUUAGCAUUUAUCUCAUUUCAGUUUACCUGUCAUGAGAUGGGUUCAAUUAUGUGCCAUUUUCGCUAGUCUCAUCAUUGGCUGCAGUCACUGGUUUCCAAGGACGCCGGAGGUGAAGUUUUAUCGUCUACACCGUGAUUUGCUGAAGGUGACCCGAGCAAGCCGCUGCCGAACAGACGUUUUACGGUGCGGAAAACAGUUUCCAGACCGCGCUUCCUGUCGACUGGUGGUGUACAGAGAGGCCGGCACAGCCUGGCUGAUGCCGGCCGGUCAGUCGGGCCGCCUCCGCUACUGCCGCUGUCACCCGGCCUGGUCGGGCAGCCGCUGCCAGCGCGCUGCCAACCCCUGUCAGGCCUCCCCUUGUGCCGCCGGCCGGCGCUGUGUCCGAAGUACCACCUCUGCCACCGGCUAUUCGUGCCUCUGUGCCGGUGGCGAUGGAAAUUGCUCACCGGUGGCUGCCCGCUCGCCUCGGCUGGCCGGCGGCACCUGUCGCGGUCGACCCUGUGGUGUCGGAUGGCACUGCAAGGAGGACCCAACACAACCAGCCGGCUACUCUUGCGGUUGUGACCGGAAGCCCGGCUACCAACCAGCCUCAGAAACCGACCCCACCUGUGUGCGAGCUGAUUUGUGUACGGCGCACCGGCCCUGUCGACACGGUGGAACCUGCCUGAGCCUUACCGGCGACUACCGGUGCCAGUGCGCCCCAGCCUGGACCGGCCGCAGCUGCGAGGCGCCCCUCAACCCGUGCCAUGAUGCCGAGCUCUGCACGGCCGGCUGGACGUGCCGCCGCGAGCCGCGAUCCCGAGCUGGCUACUCGUGCGGCUGUGAGGAGAAGCCCGGAUGGGCGCCACGCUCCGAGGACGACCCGCAGUGUGUGCUCCGAGACACGUGCCUCGCUCGCAGCCCGUGCCUCAACGGAGGAACAUGCGAGUCGGGCCCCAAAGACGGUUUUACGUGCCGCUGUCCCCCUGCUUGGCAUGGUGACACAUGUGAGAAACCACGAGACCCGUGUCGGACAGGUAACCCGUGUGGUGAGACGUGGAAGUGUCACAGAGACCCGGACUCACCGGCAGGCUUUUCGUGUAACUGUGGCUCUCGGCCGGGGUGGGCGGCCAAGUCGGAAGAGGACCCACGCUGUGCCGUAUCCGACCCCUGCCUGACCGGCUCGCCGUGCCUGAACGGAGGAAGCUGCCAGUACCUAUCACCGGGAGAGUUUAACUGCCAGUGCCGGUCGGCCUGGACCGGCCGCACGUGUGACGUGCCACGUGACCCGUGUGGUGAGUCGGACACGUGCGGCGCGGGCUGGAAGUGUCGCCGCGACCCGAGCGCCGCGCUGGGCUACACGUGCGGAUGUGACCACCGUCCGGGCUGGCGGGCCACGUCUGCCACCGACCCGCGCUGUGUGCUCGUCGAGCCGUGCCGAGCCAAAGCUCCCUGCGGUAACGGCGGCACCUGUGUGCCCACUAUGGAAGACGGAGAGCCGGGGUUUCGGUGCCAGUGUCCUCUAGCCUGGGGCGGCCCCGUCUGCGCGGAGCCCCGGAACCCGUGCGCCGCUGGGGACGCGCGCUGCGGUGCCGGCUGGUCCUGCCGUCGAGAUGAGACGAGUAAAGUCGGUUAUAGCUGCGGCUGUGAGACACGCCGCGGCUGGAGGCCGCGCUCCCUGGACGACCCGAGUUGCGUCCGGUCCGACUUCUGUCGGGUGCGGCGGCCCUGCCGUAACGGCGGCCGCUGCGGACCGGGCACCACCACGGAGCCAUUCACCUGCCGCUGUCUGGGUGGCUGGCAGGGGCCGCUCUGCCAGCAGCCGCGCGACCCGUGCCGACUGGGCUCACCCUGCGGCGCUCAGGAUACCUGCCGACGUAACGCCACCGCUCGGACCGGCUACAGCUGCCACUGCGAGCUGCGGCCCGGCUACCGGCCCCAUUCGGGCUCCGACCCACGCUGUGUCCUCGACGACGCGUGUCUGGCACAGGCACCCUGUCUACAUGGUGGCUCCUGCACGCCUGGUCGCGCUGGUAAGCAGAGCUUCACGUGCACGUGCACGGCGGCCUGGUCGGGAGACCGCUGUGAGCUGCCGCGUGAUCCCUGCGUCCAAGAACCAGAGACGGUGACUCGCGUGUGCGGUGCUAAAAGCGGCUGCUCGAGGGACACGAGCUCCGAGGUCGGAUUCGCAUGCGACUGUGACGCUCGGCCGGGCUGGCGGCGCCGCUCGAGCGCUGAUCCAGGCUGUGUGAUACAAGACGCCUGCCUGGCGCUGAAGCCGUGCCGACACGGAGGAACCUGCCGUAACGUGGCGGACCAGGCUGACGGCUUCUACCGCUGCUUCUGUCCCCCGGCCUGGACCGGUCGCAACUGCUCCGAGCCGCUCGACCCCUGCCUGGACCCCAAGAACGUCUGCAACGACGGCUUCCGCUGUCGACGUAACCCAGAUCGGCCUUUGGGCUUCUCCUGCGGCUGUGACGAGAAACCUGGAUACCGUCCCAGUUCACCGACCAAUCCAGAGUGCGCGGUGUACGACACGUGUCUCGCCCAGGAGCCGUGCGCGAACGGUGGCCUCUGCUCCCCGGUCGGCGAGCGCAACUACUUUUGCGAGUGCAAGAAAAGCUGGACAGGGAGGACGUGUGAGAUCGUACUUGUGCCAUGUGAGGGAAUCCAGCACACAUGUGGUACCCGUUGGCGGUGUCACGUGGACAGUAAACAGCCACUGGGAUUCACGUGCGGCUGCGGCUGGAAGCCCGGGUGGGUAGCUGCUGAGGACGGCCAUUGUGUGGUCGCCGAUGCGUGCUUGGCGUACGCACCGUGCGCCAACGGCGGCACGUGCAGCGCUGAGGGCGGCACCCUGUACUCGUGUCGCUGCCGUGCCGGCUGGGGCGGCACCACGUGUGAGGCGCCUGUCGACCCGUGUACCGAAGGAGAGCCGUGCGGCUCCGGAUUCACGUGCCGCCGGGAUACUCAGAGCAGCACGGGGUUCUCCUGCGACUGUGAGCGACGGCCCGGCUGGAGACGUCAGUCUGAAGACGACCCACGCUGCGCUCUUUAUGACGUCUGUCUGGCCGAUCCGCCGUGCGCGGCCGGAGCGCGGUGCCUAUCGCUGAGCGGCGGCGCGUUCCGCUGUGUGUGCCCUCCGGAGCGGCGCGGGACUCUCUGCGAGCAGCCGGUGGUGACCUCGGCUCCUCCGGCGCCCGUGCCUCCUCUGGUGCCGGCGCUCCUCCCAGAGCCGUCCUCCUCACCGUCUCCCGAGGAUGAGGACGAGGAGGAACCCAUGGGUGUCCUCAGGGAGCAGCCGGCCUUCAAACCGGUGCCGGACACACCAGUGCUGGUCGGCUUCAGACGCUUCCUGGAUGAGCUGGCCGUCAUAGCGCCGAAGCUGAAGUACGUGUUUAUGCUGGUGGGUCUGCUGAUUCUACUGAUACUGCUGUUCCUGGUGUGUUUCGCCUGCUGUCGGAAACUGUACCGCUCCCGUCGCCGUGACCGCGAGUGCGAGUACCUGCUGAAGAAGGCCGAUAUGGACCGUCGCUGCGAGCAGUACCUGCAGGCCAAGUACGGAUACGGUGCGCCGUGCGAGCCUGCGUACCCGGCGGCCGACCCGUGCGAGCCGUACCCUGCGCCGGAGCCGUGCGAACCGUACGGCGAGGAGGAUCAGACGUACUGGGACAGCACGGAGCCGUACCCGAGCCGCCAGUACGUACCGGAGCCGAGCUCAGAUGAGAGCAGCAUUGAGAGCACGCUGGCCACACUGGAGGCCAGCGUGCGUGGCGCCGUCGGCGGUCUGCGACGAAUGUACGGACGUCUGCUGGGCAGUCGUUCGGCACGGAGAGGCGCGCCCGAGCCGCCGAAUGGGCGCCGAAGCGGCAGCCGCAGCCGCAGCCGCCACCGCAGCCGCCGCCGCCGCCGCCGCCACCGGCCCUCCCACGAUCGGGUCGGCUCAGCCAGCAGCGGCGUCUCCUCCAUGUCAGAUGGGUCAGAGAGCGGAGUUAGCGACGAGUCGACGGUCAGCGGCGGUACGGAGCGCGGUCUGUCGGGCGCGGCCGAGCACGGCAAACGUCAAUACAGCACGACCGGGGGCCACGGCCCGCCGGAGCAUGACGGACGCGGCGGCUCCGCGGCGAUCAAUGCCGCGCCGCGAUACCGCCGCGCGCCAGAGGCCGGCGGCGAGCAGCACUCCCGCGGGGACCCGGCUCGGCCCUCGGCCGCCGGCACCGGCACGGCUCCUCCCGACCUCCGGCCGUGGCCGCCGCACGGCCGACAGACCACGGCCGCGGCCAAGGUCGUGUCAGCGUCGUCAGUUCGUGGUGGUCUUCGAACCAGCAGCAGUGGACUUCAGCUGAGACCGGACGGACGUCCGUGGCAGUGUCCACCCGCCCGCCCGACACUGGAGAGCUCUCAGCACUGGCCGCGGGAUAAACCGUGGGGCCUCUAUCGGGAGUCGUCCGUGAGGCUACCUGGAAAGGUCCUACCACAGGAAGCGCAUCCUUACCACUCACAGCCCCGGCCAGACCCGGGAGGUCAGUGGCAGCCACGCCAGUCGAUCUCACUAGAGAUGCAGCCUCUCCAACAACAGAAUGGCGCACAGUUCGGAGGACCGUACCAGCAGAAGGGCAUCGGUCUGGACACGCGCCCCGCGCAGCAAGCAGCGAGGCGACCACCAGCAACAUAUUUCGGAGGAGACCCUUCCGAAGGACGCGCCCUGCCUCAGGAGCCUGUCCGGUAUGCGGACCACGGCCAGCGCUCUGGUCCAUCGACUGUGCCCCAGCCACCGCGGCAGCAGCACGGGGCGCCGCCCUCUUGGGAUGGCUCUGAGCCACCCAAAGCUCGGGGAUGGGGUGCCACUGAGCCGCCGGACGGCACCGUCCUCUGGAGGUCCCCGCUCGCCUCCUGGGAGGAGCUGCAAGUGGACCAGAAGUUCAGGGCACCGCAGACCCGGCCGGCUGACGGCGUCCAAAUGCUCGAUUCGUAUCCCAGGAAUAUCACUGAGCCUCGACCGGCCGCUGUUGAUUGGAGGUCGCAGAACGAUGGUGGCCAGCGACGGGUCAGUUUCGCCGACAGGAGUGGACCGGUAACAGGCGGCGUGAGUCGACCGAGCGCGGCUGGUUCCACCGAGGUCAAUGGGUACCGCCUGGGGACAGAGCCGUCGAACCGAGCCGCUCCUAUCGCCACUGAGCCCACUGAUAGUCGGUGGAGAAUGUUUGACGCGUCAGCGAGUUACGGCGGUAUCGCGAAUGACGACAUAACUCAGCCAGCAGUGUUCGACAACAAAGGCAACGACGUGCUGCGACAUUCCAGAGCCCCGCGAACGUCAGGGGAUGUUCAAUCAUUCUCGCCAGAAGACAGUUCGAAAGCCUGGGAGGACAGGCAGAAUGGAGUCGUAGGUCUUCAGCGCGGCCCGUCCGACGGCCGAUGGAGCUAUUCUCCGUCGGCGACCGAUCAGCCGCGCCCCUCGACUGACGGUCAGCAGCAGUCCUUUGACAGAGCACCUUGGGAGGGCGCUGCGCCGGCCAGUUGGACCGGGGAGACCGAGAACGGCGAUCGCUGGAGGACCGACCCCGCCACGGCGCAUAAAGCGGCUUAUAUGACCACCGACGGCAUCGAAUAUGAACAGUGGGCGGAAAAUUACAACGAAUGGGGAGUUCCUCAACAACAGGAUAGUGUUACACAGCAUGGUGCAGUUCAAGUCGGUGACAUGCAAUAUUUUGAGGAAGGCCAACUUAUCAGCGACAGACCAAAACAAUGUUCAGUCACACUGACUCCGGGAACAGCUCUGAGCAGCGAAGGCUACACAUCAGCAAAUAAUCAAGCGACGGAUGAAUUCAAAACGUAUACCAAAGCCAGUGACACAUACGUUGAUAUGGGAGCCUAUCAACACCCAAGCAAAGAACUUGAGGACGAACUUGUGGACAUAGAAAACGAACAACAAAAGAACGCUCGAAAUUCAAUAACGUCUAUCGUUAGCAAAGGAUCAAUCAGGAAUGACGCGCCCCUGUCCUGGGAUACGGGCGCAGGUAUGGGCGUGGCACCGGCUGACCGGGGCUCUCAGAAAGCCGGUACAUCAGAGACCCACCCGGGUCAGCCGACAGCGGAGGAUGUAUCACUGACCUGCCGGGAUCAGCCGACAGCAAAUACAUUAGUGACUGAUGGAGGCCAGGUGACAGCAAGUGCGACAGUAAUUGCAUCCACAGGAAAGGCAUCAGUCAAUGCUAUUGAUCAGUUAGACCAAGGAAAUGCAUUUGUGAUUCCCAGAAACCAGUCGACACCAACAAAGCCGACUGUGGCUUCUGAGGUAAAGCUGACAGCCACUACGUCAGCAACUGUCGGGGACCUGUCGUCCAAACCGCCGAUCAUACCUCGGCGCAGUUCGUCUGUGGACUGGAGGUCCUCGGCUGGGCGUGCCGUUCCUCCGACAGCCAGCGGCUCGAUCCUUCCGGUGCCGUCCGUACCCGACGGUCCCUCGAGGGAGGGCGCCGCCACCGACUCGGCCGCCCUGAGGACUUCCGACGGACAGCGCCAGAACGGAACUCUGCCCAGCCACACGGAGCUGGCCGCCAAGGGGUGCUCAGUGACUAAUGAGGCCGCGCAACGAGACGAGCGGGGCCGGUCCGCAGUGAGAGCAGCCGCUCGACCGUCCCGGGCCCGCUCCGUACCGCUGCCCGACCCCGAGCUGCAGUAUAUUGACGACAGAUACGACUUUUAGCGGCGCGUCGGCCGGCCGACAGCCAGGAUUGAGCCGGUGAUCCAGUUACCCGGUGUCGGCUAACGCGAUAGGCGGCCUGGCGUCCGAUGACAGGAGCCGGAUCGGCCAGACGGCAGCAAUAUGAUCCACUUAUGGUCCGACCUGGACGACGGUAUUCUAUUCUCGUCGCUGCGCAAAAGGCGAAGUAAUUCGGACAGGGACGAAUCGGAAACUUCGUCAAUGCGAUAUCUGUAAUUAUGACUGUGUGAUGUGAUGUAUCGGGCAGAUGUAAACUGCAUUGUGACACUGCAGGUUUGCUGUAAUGCGUAUUGAAGAAUGCAUGAAUUGCGUAGAUUGAUUGUGUCAUCGGCUUUGAAACGAUGACUGGUUGUCAAAGGAAGUGUCCUUUUUUGCACGUCGCAAGUUAAGUUUUUGCCUAUAUGGGAUCAGAUAGGUAAUGUUUACGAUGGCCUGUGGGUUGAUGAAUAUAAUAAAUGUGUGUUUCUGAA